CCUGCAGGCCCCGCCCUUGCCUCCUCCCCUCUCCGCUCGCUGCUCCCGGAGUAGUUGGUGCCAGUGAAGUGAGGGCGGCGAUGAGAGCGAAAGUUGCGCUCGGCUCGUCGCUGGGUGCUUGAAGCUGCUCCGCGCUCUACCCGUCUGGGCCUCCCCCGACUCGGACUCGCGCCCGUGGGCUCCCGUAGCGCCCGCCCGGCCCCGCGCCCCCUCCCCCGGCUCGGCGCCCCCUCCUCAGGAGCCGCGGGUCCCCGCCACUUUCGCACGGCCCCGGCCCCCGCCGAUGCCGGCCAUGGUGGAGAAGGGCCCCGAGGUCUCAGGGAAGCGGAGAGGGAGGAACAACGCGGCCGCCUCCGCCGCCGCCGCCUCCGCCGCCGCCGCCUCGGCCGCCUGCGCCUCGCCAGCCGCCACUGCCGCCUCGGGCGCCGCCGCCUCCUCUGCCUCGGCCGCCGCCGCCUCGGCCGCCGCCGCCCCCAAUAAUGGCCAGAAUAAAAGUUUGGCGGCGGCGGCGCCCAAUGGCAACAGCAGCAGCAACUCCUGGGAGGAAGGCAGCUCGGGAUCGUCCAGCGACGAGGAGCACGGUGGCGGUGGCAUGAGGGUCGGACCCCAGUACCAGGCGGUGGUGCCCGAUUUCGACCCCGCCAAACUGGCAAGACGCAGUCAAGAACGGGACAAUCUUGGCAUGUUGGUCUGGUCACCCAAUCAAAAUCUGUCAGAAGCAAAGUUGGAUGAAUACAUUGCCAUUGCCAAAGAAAAGCAUGGGUACAACAUGGAACAGGCUCUUGGGAUGCUCUUCUGGCAUAAACAUAAUAUCGAAAAGUCGUUGGCUGAUUUGCCCAACUUUACCCCUUUCCCAGAUGAGUGGACUGUGGAAGAUAAAGUCUUAUUUGAGCAAGCCUUUAGUUUUCAUGGGAAAACUUUUCAUAGAAUCCAACAAAUGCUGCCUGAUAAAUCUAUAGCAAGUCUGGUAAAAUUUUACUAUUCUUGGAAGAAGACAAGGACUAAAACUAGUGUGAUGGAUCGCCAUGCCCGGAAACAAAAACGGGAGCGGGAGGAGAGUGAGGAUGAACUGGAAGAAACAAAUGGAAAUAAUCCCAUUGACAUUGAGGUUGAUCAAAACAAGGAAAGCAAAAAGGAGGUGCCCCCUACUGAGACAGUUCCUCAGGUCAAAAAAGAAAAACAUAGCACACAAGCUAAAAAUAGAGCAAAAAGGAAACCUCCUAAAGGAAUGUUUCUUUCUCAAGAAGAUGUGGAGGCUGUUUCUGCCAAUGCCACUGCUGCUACCACGGUGCUGAGACAACUAGACAUGGAACUAGUUUCAGUCAAACGACAGAUCCAGAAUAUUAAACAGACAAACAGUGCUCUCAAAGAAAAACUUGAUGGUGGAAUAGAACCUUACCGACUUCCAGAGGUCAUUCAGAAAUGUAAUGCACGUUGGACUACAGAAGAGCAGCUUCUCGCCGUACAAGCCAUCAGAAAAUACGGCCGAGAUUUUCAGGCAAUCUCAGAUGUGAUUGGGAACAAAUCAGUGGUACAAGUGAAAAACUUUUUUGUAAAUUAUCGACGCCGCUUCAACAUAGAUGAAGUUUUACAAGAAUGGGAGGCAGAACAUGGUAAAGAAGAGACCAACGGGCCUAGUAACCAGAAGCCUGUGAAGUCCCCAGAUAAUUCCAUUAAGAUGCCUGAAGAGGAAGACGAGGCUCCUUCUGUUCUGGAUGUCAGAUAUGCAUCUGCCUCCUGAGAAACUCUGGUGGCUUUGAACACUUGGUGUGGACUACUGUGUUAUCCGGGAUAUCAGGUAUUACGAGACAUCACCUAGCCAUCUGCAUCACAUCUCUCUGGACAAGCAGCUAUUACCAAAAAAGGCAUAUACUUCCAGUCCUGUGCUCCAUCUGCCUUAAUUCUUUGCUCGCUCCUCCAUGUUGGCGCCACUUCCCAGAGAGCUCCACUGCAUCCCACACUUUGCCCAUGUGCUGGGGAAAUCUCAUGGCCUGCACAUCUCGUGUGACUCUGGGAACCGCCUCCCCCGCCGGAGCCCCCGAGCCCCACCAAUGGCAGCUCUUCCCAGUCAGCAGCUUCAGAGCAGGCAGUCUCCUUGGAAGGCCCGACUCUGUUCCUGCAUGGCCUGCAAUUUCUACUUUGUGCAUAGAGUAAUUUUCAGAGUAACCGCGACCCUGUUGGCCUUCUAGAAAGUUUGUCUUUUUCUUUUCUGAGACAACCACCUAAGUGAUAAUAUGCUUUUUUGGAAAUCAAUAUAUAUUGCCGGACUGCAUCAUAACCUUUAUCAUGCCAAGCAUCCUGAUGCAGCUCACAUUUCCCUAAACAUGGGUUAUAGGUAUGGUUUAUAAAUUGAGUUGGCUUAAACCUCUCCCUUCUCCCUUCCCAAGUGUCACAAAGCUCAUUUACUGCAACUGUCAUUGGACACUGUAGCUUAAAGGGAAUGUGGACCUCAGUGCUUUCUGCCUUCAACUUUUCAGCAUUGUGACCCCAGGGUGGGUGCCACCCCAUCUUUUCCUGCCCCCUCCACCCCCACCCCCCACCUCCAAGAGGUUCGGCCCAUAUCACUGUACCUGGUGCUUGUACAUUUGGAAUUGGUGCCUUCUCCUUUUGGCAACCAUGGUAUCAAUCCUUUUUCUCUUUUAGUGUCUUAUUUCUUCUUUCAAGUUAUUUGCUAGCCAAAGAUGACAUCACUGAGAUUAGGAGACAGGGGAGAGCUUGCUGCAGAUUCUGACAGUGCAGAUUUUAAAUGUCAGGAUAUUAGGAUAGCUGGCGCUGGUUUAUGAAAGCUGCACGUUGUCCCACGUUCUCUCAGUGUGCCUGGCCCUUUAAGUGGCACACUGUAUGUCAGUUUGUGUCCUUCAUGUGCCGAUGUGAUUACACAAACACCAUCCACUCUCUUUUCAUAUCAGAGUACAGGACAGAGAAGUGAUCAAUGUGUUGGUCUAGUGAGACUGAGAUGAAAAGAAAUAACCUACAAAGUGGUCUGUAAUGCCUUUUGGUUGGACUGGGAACAAGUAAAAAUUUCUAAUAAACAUUUUGAGACUUCCAGAAUCACUUUUGUUAUCUUACCAGACCUUGGGCCUGCUGAGGGUUGAGGAGCAGACAGACUGCAUUCUAACAUACCCUGUUCCCACCCCACGGCCAUUCAGACUGCACUAAAUACGCUGAAGUUGCUUUUGUUGUUGUUGUUUGCAUCGUUUGGAUAUUUUUUUUUCUGCUUUCAAUACCAAAAAAAUGCAGAUGCUUUAAGGCAUAAAACAGAAUUCUUAAGAAUUUAAAAUAUGCAAUUAAAAUUUGAUAUGUUUUGACUCCCAAGCACCUUGUUUUUUGUUGUUGUUGUUGUUGUUGUUGAAAUUAGCUGAUUAUCUCUUUAGAAAGAGGGUCAGCUAGAAGCCUAGGUUUUUUGGAAUUGCAAAUUUUUUUUAGUAUAGUCUGGAGAAAGGUCAUUCAAAAGGGAAGUUCAAUGGGACUUGCCCGCCCUUCAUCAUCUCGUUCCUGUGCCAGGUGUGUGUUGGUCAUGUAAAAGCCUGGGAAGCUUUUACGUGAGGAGUCCCGGAUUGCCGCUGCUGUGUGGAGACAGGGUUAGCAAAAUGACACUAGUGAUGAGGGAGGGGCUUCUUUUCACCAUAAGCCUGCUGUGUACACCAAGGGCGGCGGGAGAAGCAUGGGAAGGAGUCAGCCUAAGUUUGCACAUUGCGUAAAGGGGACACUAAGGUAUGAGCUGAAGCUUUAGGUUCUCCUUGCUUUCCUCAAGAUCUCCUUCUUGCUCACAGAAGCAGUAGGCAGUUGCUGCAGUACGUUUCUCACCCUGCCAGUAGGUCUGUCUGUAUCUCUCCUAAGGAAAAUAGCCUGGGCCCUCCCGGCAGUGCUUGGAAGCUUGAUGCUAAUUCUUAUAUAGCGUGGCAAGCCGACCAGCAGUGCCAGGCCUUGAUCUGUAUUCUGCACUAUCCCUUUACUGGGUUCCUGGCACUGAAUGGCCGCCAGCCCUGAAGAAUCACUUGUGAUCACAGCAGCUGAACUGGGCUUUCUCCCAGAGAGGAAGGGGCGUGUCAUUUUGACUUGACAGAGGGAAAAAUGGGAGCUGUCCUUGACUGCCUUUGUUGUGCUUUCCCGCGUAAGAUAGCACUGUGUUUUCAACUGUUUUCAUUACACCGUCUUUGCAAUGAUGUAAAUGUAAGAGAUCACUCAGCUUUAAAAGCAAAGUGGUUUCAUCUUAUUUAUAUGAAGACUUUUUAACAUAUCAAGAAUUAGGUGCAUUGGCAGGUAGGGUUUGGGGUGUGAUAACUGCUUCAGAUGGAAUGUUCACUUAAGCUUUGUCUUCUUAAAAAUUAUCAAUGUGAAUGUCAUAAUUAUAUAUAUUUUUGUGGAAAACUUUCUCGUAAGUAUAAGUUAUUGUGCAAAAUAUAGUAUCAUUGAUGCAAAUAAUAGUUUAACGUUUAGUUUAGAAAUCCUAAAAGAUAUAAAUUGUAUCGCAUAUGCAUUAAAAGUCUGUUUUAUUUAAUUUUA